AUGGCGGCUUUACAAGCUUCCUCUCCCUUAAUUUCUUCUUCUUCUUCUUCCUCUUCGGGCUGUUCUUCAAAGAGAAAGAUCAUGGCUUCGAUCCAACUCCCGAAGCCCUCGAAAUUCAGCCUCGCUGAUCCAAGCGCUGCAGUCACGAAGAAGCUAGUCGAGGAAUUGCGCACCAGGAAUGGUUACGCCUUUGCAGAGCCUCUACAAAUGGACAUCGCCCAGAAAGAUAGGGUUUUGGAGCCACGCCUAUCGCCUUCCUCUUCUUCCAUCGAAACUACCAAGAAGCUCUAUGCAAUCUUGGAGGCCGUCGAAGAUAGAGUGGAGAUGCACGAUAACAUUGGUGAGCAGCGAGGCAACUGGAACGAGCUCUUGUUGAACUCGGUCAACAUGAUGACUCUCACUGCCGCCACCACGGCAGCGAUGGCUGUGGCCGCGCCGGCUCCAUCGCUGAGAGCAUGCUCUGCUCUCUUGUUUACAGCGGCCACUGGGAUGUCGCUCGUCAUGAGCAAAAUCCAGCCCUCACAGCUGGCUGAAGAGCAACGCAAUGCCUCGAGGUUGUUCAAGCAGCUCCGGAGCGAGAUAAAGUCGAUGCUCAUGCUCCAAUCCCCGACUGAGUCAGACGUGAAGGAGAUGAUGGAGAAGGUGCUGGCCCUUGAUAGGGCUUAUCCGCUGCCUCUGCUCGGAGCGAUGCUCGAGAAGUUCCCCGUGAAAUUUGAGCCCGCCGCAUGGUGGCCUAGGGUUUCCAACAAACACCACCAAUCCAGAGGGACGAAAACCGUUGUGAAGAUGGGGCGAAACGGAUGGAGCAAGGACCUAGAAGUGGAGAUGAGAGCCAUCGUCCAAGUCCUCAAGAGCAAAGACAAGCAAGACUACUUGAGGCUCGGGAAUCUGGCUCUAAAAUUGAAUAAGAUGUUGGCGGUUUCUGCUCCUUUGCUAACCGGCAUUGCCGCAGCCAGCUCAGCCUUCGGUGGCUCGACAGCCACGACGGUGGCAGCCAUUGCCGGCACGAUGGCGGCAAUCACCAACAGCUUGGAGCAUGGAGGCCAAGUUGGUAUGGUGGUGGAGAUGUACAGAAACUGCGCAGGGUUCUUCGAUCUCAUGGAAGAGACGAUUGAAGCGACGCUUGAGGAGAGAGACUACAGCAAGAGAGAGAACGGAGAGAUGUUCGAGAUGAAGGUGGCGAUGAAGCUGGGACGGAGCUUGUCGGAGCUCCGAGAUUUAGCAAGAAAUUCAAUGACUUCUUGUAUAGAAGGGAGUGAGGUUGAUGAGUUUGGAAGCAAGCUUUUCUAA